AUUCACUCUCCCCGCGCCAGACAGAGAGCAAGCAAGUCAACAGCAAUCUUGGUAGAGCGCAACUUUCACCACAGCAAGAUGUGCGCACAAACCAUACUGUUUAAAGACAGCUCGACCUAAGGCGCGCCACAGAAAUCAGGACAUUGGACAGCAACACCCGGCCGAUUUCAGAACCUCCAACCCAGCGGAAAGCACAGAGUCCCCGGCUUUCGACUCUCCUAUCAGAGCGCAAUGGGUUGCAGAAGCUCUGCUAUUAAUGCUAAACUUAACUCACUCUUCUACCCAGUAUGGUAACAGUAUCGAUACUGAGGGGACCAACGCGAGUGGCGGAUGCCAGGGUUGCAACAGCCUUGACAGACUAAGAGCCCUACCACAUUCACUUCAAGUACCAAGUCAGAAAAGAACUCAAGCGUCGCGUCAGAAGUGAAUUGACAGGUUAGACACACCAUGGGGAUACGGCACCUUUUGCUGCUCCUCAUAUACCUGGAUCCCCUGACCGUUUUCUGCGCCGCCACGGGAGGCAAGAAAGUGAAGACGGAGACCAAGCGGACUCCCAAGGCAAAAGAAGCCAACAUUACCGCGGCGGUCCCCACCGCUGCGCCGCAGAAGAACACGACCAAGGACUACGAUAUGUGCACGGGUUACUACGACGUGAGCGGACAAUUUGAUAGAGAGUUUGCGUGUAACAACACGGUUCACCGCUACUGCUGCGGGUCCUGCUACCUGCGGUUCUGCUGUCAGGAAAAAGAAAAAAGAGUUGACCAGUCAAGCUGUAAAAACUACAUCAAGCCGGACUGGGUGAAAACGCCCCCCCCGUCGCCAGCCUCGACGGGACAGCCUUUUGACCCGAGCAUGGACCAGACGAACACUGCGGUGUACAUCACCUGUGGGAUCAUAGCUUUUAUUUUUGUGGUGGGAGUUUCGGCUAAAGUUGCCUACGACAAAGCCACAGAGCCUCCUCAGGAAAUGAAUAUCCAUAGGGCCCUUGCAGACAUCCUGAGGCAGCAGGGGCCCAUUCCCAUAUCUCAGUACGACUGUGAGAACUUUGCAGCGAUGAACGGCUCUCCCAAAGACAACACCCCCCAACGAACCUCCUCCAAGAACCACUACACCCCUGUCCACCAGUCCAAGUCCAACCACGGUCUCCAAUACGGGAAGGAGAGCAUCCGCAGCAGUGGGGGUCACGACCUUCAUACUUUCAUCUCUUCCGGGUUCGUCACGUUGGGCCGCGGCCAGCCCAAAGGUGAAAAGCAUUGGCCCGUCCGCUCCCAAAGCCACCAUGGUACCCAUCAGCAAAACUACAACCAUAUGGUUCUAGGUAGCCCAACACGCACCCAGAAUGCUCACCGAUCAUUGAGGCGGGAGAACACUAGGAUGAGUGGCAUCCUGACCUCGCAGACGGAGCCGUACGACCUGUCCUCCUCGCGCUCCUUCCAGAGCCUGUCCCACCUGCCGCCCACCUACGAGGCCGCCGUCAAGGCCGACCUCAACAGAUACUCCUCCCUGAAGAGACUGACGGAUAAAGAUGUCGACGACUACUACACCCGCAAGCGUCACCUCCCUGACCUGGCAGCCAGAAGCACCCUGCCCUUACACGUCAUCAAAAUGAACCAGGAACAACAGCAGCAGCAGCUCCAGAGCCAGCCCCCCCAGCCCCAGGUGGCCCAGGCCCCACCCCAGCAGCCCCAGGCCCAGCAGGCCCCCAGGAGACAGAGGCCUCCCCGAGUCCAGAGGGCCAUGUCUCAGGACCGGGUCCUGUCCCCACACCGAGGCCCCCAGCAAGACUAUAGCAUCUCCUACGGGAUGGGGAUGACCGAGCAUGGAGGACGAAUCCUGUCUGAUGAGCAGCUACUGUCUGCUGAGAGGCUGAGGUCCCAGGAACGCCUGCUUCCUCAGGACCGCUUGAUGUCCCAGGAACGGCUGUACUCCAAGGACCGCAUGUACUCCAAAGACAGGCUGUUACAAUCGCAAGACCACAUGUACCCUAAAGACCGCCACUUCUCCCAAGACCGCCUCUACUCGCAAGACCGCUUGUACUCCCAAGACCGCCUGCUAUCUCAGGAUCCUCUGAUCUCGCCGGACAAAAUGAUGAUGUCGCUAAAGCGCGGUGUAGUUGGCAGCGUGUCCGGCGGUUUCCGGGGAAACAAUGACAAGUCAAUGUCGCACGCCAUCUCGCACCCGGACGUGUUCAUGCCCACGACGCCACUCAUGGACCGCUACAAGAUGACCAAAAUGCACUCCCAUCCCAGUGCCUCGAACAACGCAGGAGCGGCAGGCGGAGCAGGACCAGGACCAGGGGCACACUCCAACACGCUAGCCAUGAACCACACAACUAAUAAGAGGCAGCAGUUUGCCUCUAGAAGGACCCACACUGUGGAGCAGCUCCACUACAUCCCCCAACAGCACCACCAACAGCAACAGCAGCAGCAGCAGCAGCAGCAGCAGCACUAUCGCACAGGCAGCAAGACCGAAGUGACUGUUUAACGCUGGCUAGCACGCUAACGGCUAGCUUGGGAGUGAGGCAAUGGGUAAUGCUAACUCGCUAACAGCUAAUCGCUAGUAUGGGAAGGAUUAUGUUUGUGGGGGGAAAGGGAUGGGAAGAGACUGACUGUUUGUAAGGUGGGACAUGACACUCUGUAGCUUAGUUUCCUGCUAAGUCAAUCAAAAGAUAAUACCCUCAUCUCUUUGCCUUUCCGGACUUCACCAGAACCAAGUACUGUACUGUAAUAGACUGGAGGUCUUCUGUAGUCACAAAGUCCAUAAAGACGGACUCCAGAUAAACAUGGAUCAGCUGUGGUAGUGUGCUGUGAAAUUGGCAAACUACCCUACUGUUAUUCCUGUUAUGCCCUAAGCACCAGCUCCCCUUGUCCUACACAAUUGGGGUGUGAUUCAUAUGAGGAGACAUUGAUUAUAUGAGAAUAAAGAGGCUCAGGCAGCCUUUCUGUCCAACCGUCCAACACAAAUCUCUUCUUCUUUGAACUUCUACCGCAACUCUAAAGGGCUUUGCAUGGUAAAACACAAGGACUGAUCCAAUCGAUGUCUCCAAGACAACUGCUGUUGAAAGACACGACAAGACAACCACGGGUGAUGAAACCGGGACGGCCCUGUAAUAACUUUAUAAAUAUAUAAAUAUAAACUACCGUUUGUAACGCCAGUCUUACGCAUAGCUGUAGAGAGAUCUUGAAAUAAAUCAAAACUAAUGUUACUAGCACUUUUAUUGGUGCGUCAGUCUGAGACAAGUGUUCCAUUUUUACAAAAUGGAGAAUUGGUUUUAGUGGGUUAAAAAGCACAAUCAAUUAAUGAGAUACUCUAUUUCUGUUCAGUUGUUUUUUCUUUCAUAAGUUUGUUUGGUGAUGGCUAGCUCAUAGAUUAUUGUAAAUAAGCUAUAAUUCUAGAGGCACUAUUAUGGACCAGUCCAUACUGGUUGGCUUUUGUAUUAGACUGUCUAAUGUUUUCAGUAGAUUCUGAACAAGUUAUAAACCACCACCGUUUCGUGAUCAGUUCAGACUAGAAAACCCACUUAACCAAGUAUUUGACAGGAUAAAUGAAUACUAUAAUGUGUGUCUUUUCAACUAUGUUUGUAGAAUGAGAAGUGAAUGAAUGUGUUGAUAAAAAUAUACCACUGUUCAUAUUUGGAUGUAAACUGUGUUCCAUUGACUAAUAUGGGAAGUUGAAAAACAUGGUGAUGGAUUAUAUGCUUGUUGCAGUAGGGUCAAAUAAACCAUCCAUAUUUUUUUAAACAGACAAUACUCUUCUGA